AUGAUGCAAACCGCCGCCUUCUACCAGCACCCGCCCCCAGGCCCGCAGCCCGUCGCCGCGAAGCCCACCGGGGCGGCGCAGCUCGGCGCGGACGCGACUCGCGCGUCCGUCGCCCACCUGCUCGCCGGAGCAUUCGCGACGCCGUGCUCGACGGCGGCGCACACCUUCGUCCAGAUCGUUCCGCCGCUGUCCCGCUUCCAGCUUGCGCUCGACGUACUUAUGCCAAUGCUCGACGCUCCCGCCGAGCUGACGCAACGUAUAUUGGUGUCCUACAUCCUCUUCUCACUCUAUGCCCCGCACCCAAUUGCGAUUAAUCCGUUCAAGUCCGUACUCUAUGCAACGUUUAUCAAGGAGCGCGACGCCGCUGUGCGGGUCGCCGAGGUCGGGGGAGUUCACGAGAACGAGCAGUUUGUGUGGGUGCUCUGGAAGAUCCUCAAGGGUGAUGGGAAGGACAUCGGCCCGUUCUCACCAAACACGUUGGCGAAGUCGCCCCUGCCGCCCAAGCUGCGGGCGAGCAAUCUCGCCCUCGAAGAAGAGGCUCCCCUCUGGUCGCUGGAGAAUGGGUUGCGGAACGGGUCCAAUGGGUCAUCCGAGGCCGCCGUGUCCGCCGAACGCGACCAUGAGAACGAGGCAUACUCGCGGGCAGCGUCGCUGCUUCUCGCCGCACGCGAACGCGUGCUCUCGCUCUCCGAGUACCGCGCCCUGCUGCCCAUGAUCCCGAAGAUCACAUCGCCGUCGUUCGUCACGUCGAGCGAUCUGCCGUCCAUUCUGGCCAUCAACCCCACCCUCGGUCACCCGCUCGUUAUCACCCUGCUCACCAUGGACUCUGACGUCGGCUCGGAACCUUAUCUGGACGUCCUUAGGACGCUCCCGCCGACGCUGCCUUCGUUCGACCUCGUCGGCAAGCUCUUGCGCGACACGAUGACUAUCAACGACCAUUCUACCGGCGGACGGACGACCAUCGCGGACGUCGUGCGGACAGAAGUGCUCGGCUGGUUCAUCAACUCUUGCGUCUCUUGGUUGGAUCGUGCGGAGCAGGACGAGCGGGAGGGCAACAUCAGCGACGACCGGUUCACGAAAGGUGUCCAGAACCUCAACAUCGUCGACCCCGCCUCGGACGCAGACUCGGCCGAGAUGGCGCAUUUCACGCUCCGCAACUCGAGCCUCGAGGAGGCGAACACGCUCUAUCGCGUGAAAGCAAUUGCUAUCAACCACUCGUAA